AUGUCUUCUCUGAAUCCGCAAUGUUUGACCAGAAACGAUAGUGCAGACUACCGGACCAUCAACGAGAAAGGAUUCCUCAAGAUCAGCGGGUUGAUCCCGGAGGCAGACGUAAAGGAGCUGUCCGAACAUAUGGACUGCGUUCUGCGGGGAGAAGCCAGUGCACCGGGAUUUCCCAGGAUUGAGCCGUCCAUGUCAGAAGCAGAGCGCCUGGCCGCGUUCAGUCGGAUUCAUAACGCCCAUCGAGUCCAUCCCCUGCACGAACGCUUCUUGCUCCAUCCUCGCAUCCUGGAUGUUCUGGAACAGCUCACGGGACCCGACAUCCUCGCCCUGCAGAGCAUGUCCUUUUUCAAACAACCUGGCCAGCCUGGUCAGGGCUAUCAUCAAGAUUCGUACUAUAUUCCAACUCUCCCAAACACCUUGAUAGCAGCUUGGGUGGCCGUCUCAGAGGCCACAGAAGAAAAUGGCUGCCUCUGGUUCCGAGUCGGCUCUCAAUGCGAACCCGUCUAUCCGCAAGUUGACAACGAGUACACGCACCAGUCCCGAAAUCUGGAUGGCAUCUUUGACAAUUCCACCGCAUCGAUCGAGGAUGUCGAGACCAACCAGCUAGCUAGCGUCGCCAUCCGCUACCAAGAGGAGAGUUGCCCGGCAAAGCCCGGAGACGUCGUCUUCUUCCGUGGCAACAUUCUCCAUCGGUCAUUCGAGAACAAGGGGGCAACGCCGCGACGUGCCUUGUGGGACAUUUCUGUGAUGCAAGGAGCUUUGUCCCAUGGUACUUCGGGGAGGAGUGGGAGGCUGGCAUUUGCGAAGCCCAGGUUUGGGACCCCCUGUGCCGCUCUCGAGGAACGGAAACCAAGGAUAGCAGGCUCUCUUGUUGCCAUGCCUAUGGGCUCAAAGAGCGGAAUGGUAAUUCAACAGGUUGAUGUUACCCAGAGAGACAAUGACUAA